UCCCCGGAGCGGUCUUUUGAGUUUAGGGAAUAGCCAGAAGUCACACGGUGUUAAAUCAGAUGAAUAUGGUGGUUGUGGAACGAUAUGGGUCGAAUUUUUAGCGAAAUGGUCUCGAAGAACCAAUGCAGUGUGAGAUAGUGGGUUUAUAUCUAUCGCUGCAGUGUGGGUUUAUAUGCAUCACGUAAUACGGUUUCCAACCGUAGGGUUGGAAAAAAACGUUGGCAUAAGUGUAUUGUGUCUGAGGGGGAUUAUUUUAAAGGCGACGAAAUAGAUUUGGAAUAAUAAAUAAAGAUUAAAAAAAAAAAUUUUUAAAUUGGUCGUACUUUUUGGACACAGUAGUAUAUAUAGAAUAGUAACGAAAAAACACGCCGGCUGACCAUAACCUUAAAAGAUGUCAGACGACGAAGAUUUGGUUUACGUGAAGAAACAGAAAACCGUGCACUAUGGUUCGCUGGAGGAAGCAGAACGUACUCGGCUCGCGGUCGCCGCUGAAGUUGCGGAUGGUGAGAAGGAUGUUGCGAAUGUGGACGAUAUCGCCAGUAUUUCUACCUCAGCUGGGAAUGUACAUAUCUCGAAUGAGUACAUGGAGCUGGAGGACGAGAUGUCUAAGGAUCGCCAGGCACUGCUGGAGGAAUUCGAACGUAGGAAAAAAGCCAGACAAAUUAAUGUCUCCACGGAUGACUCAGAAGUGAAGAAACACUUGAGACAAUUGGGUGAACCAAUCUGUCUAUUUGGAGAAGGCCCUGCAGACCGAAGAACGAGAUUGAGAGAAUUGUUAGCUAGUGUCGGUGAGGAUGCUAUUAAGAAGAAGCAUGAAGAGGAAGAGAAACCGCUUCACACAAUUGAAAGGGACACAGAGACCACGUGGUAUCAUGAAGGCCCAGAAUCUCUGCAAAUCGCAAGAUCAUGGAUAGCGUCAUACUCGUUGCCCAGAGCAAAGGCACGGCUGGAAAAGGCAAGACAGGAUCUGGAAUUGCCAGCUGCGACACGCACAGCGAAAAGACAAGAACUUCUGAAGAAGUUGCAAGCGUUGAGCAUCUAUUGCUCUCAGAUUGGCGACACGAGGCCCAUUUCCUUUUGUCAAUUCAGCCCGAAUUCAAAGAUUCUUGUUACGGCUUCAUGGUCAGGCCGGUGCAAGUUAUGGUCUGUACCCGACUGUACUUUGUUGCGCACUUUAAAAGGACACGCUUGUAAUGUUGGCUGUAUUGUUUUUCAUCCAAAAGCUACGAUAACCGAAGAUGUGGUAGGUGAGAACGCUGGCCAGACUUGCGUGUUGGCGUCUUGCGCAACAGAUGGUUCGGUGAAGCUGUGGAGUGGCGGCAAUGGCGAAGAGCCGCUGGCAGAAGUGGAAGGACACGAGCCCAACCGUGUGUCCAGGAUAGCCUUUCAUCCGUCUGGACGGUUUCUCGGUACAUGUUGCCACGAUUCUUCCUGGAGACUGUGGGAUUUGGAGCAGCAGGCGGAAGUGCUUCAUCAAGAGGGCCAUGCACGACCCGUACAUUGCAUCAGCUUCCAGUGCGACGGAAGUGUUUGCGCUACCGGCGGUCACGAUUCUUUCGGCCGCGUUUGGGACUUGCGUACCGGUAGGUGCAUCAUGUUCAUGGAAGGACACUUGAGAUCCGUCUUCGGCAUCGACUUCUCGCCCAACGGCUUUCACAUCGCCACCGCGAGCGAAGAUAACACCUGUAAGAUAUGGGACCUGCGAAAACGAACCUGCAUAUACACGAUUCCAGCGCACACCAAUCUGCUGUCCGACGUGAAGUAUCAGAGAAUAGAGGGACAAUAUCUGGUCACCGCAUCGUACGACAACACCGCCAAGAUCUGGUCUAACAAGACUUGGCAGCCGCUCAAGAUGUUGCCGGGUCACGACGGGAAGGUCAUGUCUGUCGACGUGUCGCCCGAUCACAAGUUCAUCGCGACCAGCUCGUACGACAGAACGUUCAAGCUGUGGGCGCCGGAGUGAAGCAGGUGAUGUGUAAAUUUCCCUGGCAGAAGUUGACGUAUUCGCGACAAAUGAAAUAUGUAAUAUAUAUUUGUGCGAAAUAUAAAAAAAAAGAAUCUGCUCCGCGUCGAUUUUAUAAGUUAGCGAUUCUAUGGAGUAUAGAUUAUUGUAUUGAUUCUUAUUAUGAUAACGCGUACAGUUUUGUAUCGUACUAUCAAUAAAAUAACUCAUCAUAAACAAAAAACGGACUUCCAAUGAUAAUAUGCGUUGUACGCAUCGAGUGUGCGUAGUAUUCGCUUUUAAAUACACAGCUUGCUUGCUUCCAACUGCGAAAUCCAGCCGGAGCGUGAUUAAAACUCGCGCUGUUAUAAUGCAUAUUUCAAAAAUACGUCUUCCGUGAAAUAGGUCUUAUAAUCGCGCGUAAACUUUUGACGUUAUUUAUAACUGGGGCAGCUGGCCGUUCAAUAGGCGCACCGCUGUUGUGUCGGCGCGUUAUAUUGUCUUCAACAAAGAGUCAAGCGUACGCGUUCCACUGUUGGAUCCAGACUCUCGUCGUUCGAGGUUUGUCGAGUACAUUUGAA